GGAAGCUGCAAAAGGCUGAAUUGUUUGAAUAUGAAAAUGGUUUUAUUAGGUCUUCGUGUUGGACCAUUCUGGCUCACAACAGUGGCGUGCUGAAUAUCAACCAUGUAUAAGUACUCAUAUUUCCCAACACAAAAACUUCAACAAUCCUUCCACAAAAUCUUCUUCACACAAGAGUAAAACACAAAACCAAAACUUAUAAACUAUUCUAUAUAGUGUUCAAGUUUAUUGAAGAUGGUUAGAGCUCCUUGUUGUGAGAAGAUGGGAUUGAAAAAGGGUCCUUGGACUCAAGACGAAGAUCAAAUCCUCAUAUCAUACAUCCAAAAACAUGGCCAUGGAAACUGGCGUGCGCUUCCAAAGCUUGCAGGGCUAUUGAGGUGUGGAAAGAGUUGCAGACUGAGAUGGAUUAACUACUUAAAACCUGAUAUCAAAAGAGGAAAUUUCUCGAGUGAAGAAGAAGAGAUUAUCAUCAAGAUGCAUGAGUUGCUGGGAAAUAGGUGGUCAGCAAUAGCAGCAAAACUACCAGGAAGAACUGACAAUGAAAUUAAGAAUGUGUGGCACACUCAUUUGAAGAAGAAGUUGCUGAAUUCAGAUAGCAAAAGGGUUGUUUCAAAUCCAAAAAUCAAACUAUCUGAUUCUAAUUCCAGCACCCUAACAUCAUCCUCAGCAUGCACUUCUUCCAGUGAUUUUUCAUCAUUCAGUGAAGAAAACAAAAGCACGAACAACAACAGCAUGAUCAAGAGUGAAGACACAGAGUCUGAGGAGACAACAAUGCCUCCAAUUGAUGAAAGCUUUUGGUCAGAGGCAACAGUUGAAGAUGAAAGCUCCACCAUGAUGAUGCCAUCAAAUUCUUGGACAAUUUCCAAUGAACCACAAUUUAAUCAUGUGGAAACUUUCCAACAACAUAGUUUUGGUUAUAAUGGUUCAAACUUUGAUGAUGGCAUGGAUUUUUGGUAUGACAUAUUCAUCAGAUCAGAAGAGUCAAUAGAGUUGCCGGAGUUCUGAUCAAUUUAUCAUCAAAGGGUAUCAUUAAAUUUGGUAGAUAGGAAAAAAUAAUUUAAAAGGAAGAAUAAUUAUAUUAGCAAAUUAUAUCUGACUGUUACAAGGAAUCCAGGGUAUAUUAUUAAGAGCUAGAGUCAUUCAUUGCCAAAAAAAGUCUGUGUAAAGGGUUAAAAAAAUUAUUACGUUAUGAUGUAAUAUAUGCAU